AAGUCACCACCUUCCAUCGUCUCCACCUUUGUAACUUUCUUACACGAGAGAGGAUAGAUAGCCCAAUUAUCUUUCUCUCUCAUUGUGUGCGCUAUAUAUAAAUAUAAUAUAAUAAACCCAUUUCAGAUGCUAUUUCUUUUUCUCACAUAUAUCUUUCUUCUGUUCUAAGCCAUAGCUUUCAUCUAUAUUACACCCACAUAUAACAUAUAUAUAAACCAAGUUGAAUAAACCAUAAUUGAAAAAACAAGUAAAGAGAGAGACAGAGAGGAAGAAAAGAGAGAAAAAGGAGGCCCCUUUUCUUCUUCUUAUUGCUAUGCCUCUUUUCAGAUCUUAGUUUCUGUCAAAUUUCCUAUCUGGGUCUUCUUCAUUUUGUGGUCGAUCGGUGGAUGUUACAAAGUUAUUGAAUAUAAUCCAAGAAUACCCAUUUUCUUAUUGAACAGAAAGAGAAUCUAAGAUUUCUGUGUAAAGUAAUUUAUGUGUUGCUGAUUAGAUCCGGUAAUAUGGAAAUGGAGCCUGGCAAGCUUUUCAUUGGUGGGAUAUCUUGGGACACAAAUGAAGACCGUCUUAGACAGUAUUUCCAGUGUUUUGGAGAAGUAGUGGAAGCUGUGAUAAUGAAGGAUCGGGCUACGGGUCGUGCUCGUGGUUUCGGUUUUGUUGUUUUUGUAGACCCUACUGUUGCAGAAAGAGUUGUUAUGGAAAAGCAUAUGAUCGAUGGGAGAACCGUUGAAGCAAAAAAAGCUGUCCCUAGAGAUGAUCAGAACAUUCUGAACAGAAACAAUAGCAGCAUUCAAGGGUCUCCUGGUCCUGCUCGCACAAAGAAGAUUUUUGUGGGAGGCUUAGCAUCCACUGUCACUGAGAGUGAUUUUAAGAAGUACUUUGAUCAAUUUGGGACAAUUACAGAUGUGGUGGUGAUGUAUGACCAAAAUACACAAAGGCCUAGAGGAUUUGGGUUCAUUACAUUCGACUCUGAGGAAGCAGUGGAAAAUGUGUUGUACAAAACUUUUCAUGAACUCAAUGGUAAACUGGUUGAAGUUAAACGAGCUGUCCCAAAAGAAUUAUCUCCAGGGCCAAGUCGGGGCCAAUUGAGUGGACAUAACUAUGGUCUGAGUAGAGUUAGCCUCCUUAAUGGUUACAAUCAGGGAUACAAUCCAAGCUCAGUUGGGGGGUAUGGACUUAGAUUGGAUGGUAGAUUUAGUCCAGUUACAAUUGGUCGUAGUGGAUUUCCUCCAUUCAGUCCUGGAUAUGGAACAGGACCAAAUAUUGAGCCCGGGUUGAGUCCAAACUACGGGGGAAAUGCAAACCUCAGUUCUAAUCUUGGCUUUGGACAGGGAUCAAACCCUUUAUAUAGUGGAAAUUCAAAUAGGAAUGUUAACCCCAUUGGGUAUGGUGGGGGCAAUGGAGGAAAUAAUUCAAUGUUAAGUUCAUCAAGCCGUACACUGUGGGGGAAUGGGAGUCUUAAUUAUGCUACUAAUGCCACAAAUCCUAGUGCUUUACUAGGCUCUGGAAGUGCAAAUUCUAGAAUAGGUCCUUUUGACAAUAUUGGAGCACUUUGGAGUUCCUCUCUUAACUCAGGUAUAGGUGGAGGUGCUGGUUCAACCUAUGGUAGUGGCAGUCUUAGUUAUGGCAGUGGAGAAAUCAAUUUUGGUUCAGGAGGGGUUGCGUAUGGAAGAAACAGUGGAACCAGUGUUGCACCAGCAUCAUCACAUGCUGCAUCAAAGGGUAGUUACAAUGGGGCUUCUGAAGAAAUUUAUGAAGGUCUGUUUUAUGGGGAGCCUACUUGGCAAUCAUCAUUUUCAGAGCUAGAGGGUUCUGACUCAUUUGGUUAUGGGUUUGGAAAUGCAGCUUCAGAUGUUUUAAGUAAAAACUCUGGUGGUUAUGUUGGUGGUUAUAGUGUUAACAAUAGACAAUCAAAUAGAGGAAUUGCUGCCUAGGAAGAUUAUGAUAUGGAUGUCCAAAAUUAUUGUAGGUGAAGUGUAAUUGGUGAAGGUAAAGUACUGUGAACCUUCGUACAUUUUCCUUGUUGAGAUACAGUAUACAAAAAAUUGUGAUUAGAGCUAAUUGGUUCGCCUGUAUUGAAGAACUCUUCAUAUAGAGCAGAUACAGGGGAUUUCUUUUCAGUUUGAGGUUGGGUUUAUAUAGGUUUCUUCCUUGGAGUUUGUUUGAAAUGUAUAAUCAGAUUUUUGAGUUUAUACAGAUUUAUUGUAUCAUGCAUCUAUGUUGACACAGCCAUACAGAAACAAGCAAGAAUUUUUUUUCCCACUUUUCUUUUUCUGCUGUAAUAUCCAGCAAAAUUGCUGUUUCUUGUC